AUGAUGCCCGAGGGCCAGGGGGAGCCUGCCUCUCCCCAAGCGUUUCGGAGCAGCCCGGACAGGGGCUCUUCGGGGCCUGCAGCCUGCCCGCCGCCCCAGCUCCCGGCCCCGGGGCCCCCGGAGUCCCCGGCCCCUCGUCGGGGCGCCCUCCGCGCCAGCUUCCCGCAGAAGCUGGCGGAGGCGCUGAGCAGCCAGUAUGGGCUGAACGUGUUCGUGGCGGGGCUGCUCUUCCUGCUGGCCUGGGCCGUGCACGCCUCGGGCGUGGGCAAGAGCGACCUGCUGUGCUUCCUCACGGCGCUCAUGCUGCUCCAGCUGCUCUGGAUGCUGUGGUACGUGGGCCGCAGCUCCGCGCACCGCCGCCUCAAGGACACGCACGCCGGCGCGCGCUGGCUCCGCGGUAGUAUCACGUUGUUUGCAGUCAUUACCAUCAUCCUGGGAUGCCUUAAAAUUGGGUACUUCGUUGGAUUUUCUGAAUGUUUAUCAGCCACAGAAGGAGUUUUCCCUGUUACCCAUGCGGUACAUACUCUGUUGCAGGUGUACUUUCUUUGGGGGCAUGCAAAGGAUAUCAUCCAAUCUUUCAAAACACUGGAAAGGUUUGGGGUGAUCCACUCAGUGUUCACCAACCUGCUUCUUUGGGCGAACAGCGUCCUGAAUGAGUCAAAGCACCAACUUAACGAGCACAAGGAACGGCUCAUCACCCUGGGCUUCGGGAACAUAACAAUAGUUUUAGAUGACCACACGCCUCCGUGUAACUGCACACCCCCGACCCUCUGCUCUGCCAUCUCCCACGGGAUCUACUACCUCUACCCUUUCAACAUAGAAUAUCAGAUACUGGCCUCCACGAUGCUCUACGUCCUGUGGAAAAACAUCGGGCGCAAAGUUGACAGUCAUCAGCAUCAGAAGAUGCAGUUCAGGUCUCACAGGGUCAUGCUGGGCUCGGUACUGGGCCUGACCGCACUGGCUGCCACCAUUGGGGUCGUGGUGGUGUAUCUGAUUUGGAUAGGGCGUUCCAAAACCAAGAGCGAGUCAGCACUCAUCAUGUUCUACCUGUAUGCCAUCAUCUUGCUCAUACUCAUGGGGGUGGCAGGGCUGGCUGGGAUCCGGAUUUAUAGGCUAGAUGAGCAAUCACUAGAUGAGUCCAAAAAUCCAGCCCGCAAACUGGACGCAGACCUGUUGGUGGGCACUGCCUCCGGCUCCUGGCUCAUCUCCUGGGGCUCCAUCCUGGCCAUCCUCUGUGCCGAGUCCCGCCCCCCGUACACCUGGUACAACCUGCCCUACUCCAUCCUGGUGGUUGUUGAGAAGUACAUCCAGAACCUCUUCAUCAUUGAGUCCAUUCACCGAGAGCCAGAGAAACUCUCCAAGGACAUCAGAACCCUGCAGGUGGUCACAGUCUGCAAUGGCAAUGACACAUCCCUCCCUUCUUCUUGCUUUGAGAGCAGACCUGCAGCCGGGGACGUGGCUCCCCAGGGCAGUGAGAUGCCACAUGCGGCCAAUGGAAAUGUGUGUCUGAGAGAAGUUGGUAGCAAAGAGGAAGAGGAGAAGAGUUGGGAAGGGGCCCUGGACCCAGCCUGCCACCCCCAUUUCCUGCAGGGCAAUGCCCAGAGAAGAGUCUUAAGGAAUAUUGCAGCCUUUUUGUUCCUCUGCAAUAUUUCGCUCUGGAUCCCUCCCGCCUUUGGCUGCCGCCCCGAGUACGACAACGGAUUGGAGGAAAUUGUCUUUGGCUUUGAACCCUGGAUAAUAGUGGUCAACCUGGCCAUGCCUUUUUCUAUUUUCUACCGAAUGCACGCAGCUGCCUCCCUCUUUGAGGUCUAUUGUAAGAUAUAA